CGUUCAUCAUAUUCUGCCCAGCUUUGAACCCCGCCACUCCCUCUCUCUCCGAAAUGAACCGCUCUCGCCUGACGUCGCUGUUCAAUUUCUACUCUCGUUUCGGUUUCCGAAACGUACCGGGCGUUUCGCUCUACUCGACGGAGACGUAUGCCCGUCCUUACAGAGAGUCCUGGAGAGGCACACUGAACACCCUCUACCGUCGGAUUUCUCGCUCCGGAGAUCCGGCGGCCCCCAUUACGCCGAUUCUCGACAAAUGGGUCGAAGAAGGCCGAACCGCACACAAAGAUGCCCUCGUCACCAUCAUCAAGGAGCUCAGGCAGUACAAGAAGCACAAGCACGCUCUUGAGGUAUCAAUGUGGGUGUCUGACAAACGGUACUUUGAGCUUACGAUUCCCGAUGUUGCCAUCAGGCUUGAUUUGAUUGGAAAAGUUCAUGGAAUAAAACAAGCUGAGGAUUAUUUUAACAACAUUCCAAAACAGUUGAAAGGUCGGGAUGUUUACUGUGCUCUACUGAACGUCUUUGCUCAUGCAAAACUUGUGGAAAAGGCUGAGGAAAUUAUGCAGACGAUGAGGGAUUUGGGGUUUGCUAGGACACCGUUGUCCUAUAACAUUUUGCUCAAUUUGUAUUAUCAGAGUGGAAACACUGACAAAUUCAAUGUUCUAAUGAGUGAAAUGGAAGAGAGGGGAAUUGGUCGUGACAAAUACACUUAUUGUAUCCAGCUCAAUGUAUGUGCAGCUGCUUCUGAUCUUGAGGGAAUUGACAAGGUUAUGGCAGAGUGGGAAUCCAAUCCCGAGGUUCAUAUGGAUUGGGAUAGUUAUACCAAUGCAGCAAAUGGUUAUACGAAAACACAAAAUGUGAAAAAGGCUUUGGCAAUGCUAGAGAAGGCUGAGAAACUGAUACCAAGUUCUAAAAGAAAGAGGGGAGCAUAUGAGUACCUUAUGACACAAUAUGCAGCACUAGGGGAGAAAGAUAGUGUUAUGAGACUGUGGGAACUAUACAAGAAGCACUUGAAAAUAUACAAUAGGGGUUAUAUAAGUAUAAUAACCUCAGUCUUGAAGGUUGGCGACAUUGAAAGUGCCGAGAAGAUCUAUGACGAAUGGGAAUCCAAGAAUUUAACUCCAGACAUUCGUAUCCCAAAUUUCUUGAUCAGUGCUUAUACCAAAAAAGGCCUAGUUGACAAGGCUGAAUCCAUUAUUAACAGGAUAGUGCUGAAGGGUGGGAAACCGGAUGCGAAGACUUGGUACUAUCUGGCAAAGGGCUAUCUCAAUCAUGACCAAACUGAGAAGACAGUUGAGUCGAUGAGGAAAGCACUUUCAGUUGUUGAGGGGUCACGGUGGACGCCAGACAGGGAUGUUGUGGCUGCCUGUAUGACAUACAUGAAACAGAAAGCAGAUGUGGAAGGAUCUGAAGAAUUUAUAAGACUACUCGGAGAGAAGUGUAGCUUCCCCGAAAGUAUUCAGGAGAAGUUGUUGGCUUACAUAAAUAAUGAGGAUUCAGUCACUGUAGAAAUCGGUGACCUGGAAUGGGAUCAUCUGAACAGAGUUGUGAAAGAAGUGGAUUAGGGUUUAGGUUCCAAUUAUCCGAAUCUGUCAGAUACAGAUUUGAAGAUCAUUGACGGUGUCUUGUUCUGAAAAUCGUUGGAGUGUGGAUUCUGAUUCCAUUUCCUCUGGGGUACGUAGUUUAGUCGAUAUUUAGUUUCUCUUUUGAUGAGCAGUUUGUUGUCCAAACUAGUGGACUUGCUGGUGGUCUGAUCUAUCCACUGUUAAAUGAAGGAUGUUGGUUCUAAUCAUUUAUCCUAAUCACCAUUUGUGCAA